AUGUUUAACAAUCUCUUAUUUGACUAUCGGGUCAAUUGUGAUGACUCAGACAUCAUGAACUACUAUGGCAGCAACGACAGCAACGACAGCAACGACAGCAACUACCACGGCGUUACCAAUUUGCUACUUCCGUUAUACUCCAACAAUUCAACCAGCUGGUAUAAUUUUACCUUCAUUGUUAUAUUUUAUCCACGAUACGUUGGCAACACGGCCAUCGUCGCAUUGAUUGAAUUUACCAAGCACCUGUCAAAAAUCUAUGAUCAAGCUUUCCACCUGACAGUGUCGAAUAUGGUAAACUGGACAUGCGACGUAUAUGGCGUUUCGGCGCUGGAUAGAUCGAAGGAUAGUGGUGGUUUUAUUCUUUGUUUUUCGACGUCGUUCGUUGAUGUUAGCAUUGAGUAUCGACUGGUUUCAACUAUUCGGAAGAAGCUUAAUCCCGAAUAUAUCAUGCUUGAUGGUCUAAUAUCUGGGCCAAGGGAGCCGAAAUCCAAUGAGAUCGACAAUUACCACAAGCCAAUGAUUGAUGAGUUGGAGUAG